AUGGUGAGUUUAAAUGUACAAUGGCGGUAUGGAAUUACUAUCUUCUUGCUCGUUGUAUUUUGUUUUGACAAAUCAUUCGCUCAAUUCACUGCUAUCAAUUGUUAUGAAUGCACGAAUUGUACAGAUCCGUUUUCAUCAACUGGAAUCACUAUUAAAACAAAUUGUUACUCAUGUUAUAAAUUAGCAGUAACUGUAGCUUAUGCACCUUAUACCUACGUUGUUCGUCGAUGUCUUGUAGCAUGUCUGGAAACGUCUCAGACAUUCGGUGGUGCAACUGUAGUGACAUCGUGUUGCGCAACAAAUAAUUGUAAUGCUGCUUCAAUGAUCGAACUUCCAAUGAUCACACGUGUAUUUCUCUUUCUAUUCAUUCUUUACAAUGUAUUUAAAUCUAUUUAUUAA